AUGUUAUUUAUUUCGUGUCGAGAACCAAUGGAGUAUCCAUGUCAAUUAAAAAAUAAGUUAUUAAAAAGCUAUCUAGCUAAACGACAAUUUCAACGACCCAAAUCUUUAUUCACUACAUUAUUUGCAUCUGUAGCGUCAAAUGGACAACCAUAUCGUCGAAUUACUGGCAUGGCUGUACCAUUUCAAUAUUCUAUUGGUAAUAAUGAUUUGUCACCGCCGUCAUCAUCUAUACAUUAUAAGCCUGCAUAUGUAAGUGUAAGCUUACAUGAAGGCAGCGUUGAAGCGGACGACCCAAAAUUGAAGAAUGUGCACCAAACGGAAAUACUUGUAGAAUUAAAACAAUCAAUUCAGUUGGUAUGUCAACUAAUAUUCUUUAUAUCGUUCUUAUUAUUUAUCAUAUUUUUUAACGUACGUAUACUGCUUGUAACAUCUUUAAUUAUCAGUGUUUCAUCUGUUUGUGUACAAUGUCAUAGUGAAUUGCUUUUAGAUGCCAGUAGUAUGAUUCCGUUUUUUUAUAGUUUACUUACCUUACAGUUUAGUGUAGACAGAUACAUGACUGGUGAGUUACAUUCAUUCAGUUAGGUUCCUUGUACUUCUGACGGUAGAUACUUUACAUCAUUGUGCCUAUGUCAAGACUUAAUGCGGUCUAAUUGUUCAUGUAUUACAUUACCAAAUGCCGUGGUACGGCCGAGAGUGGGGAGAG